UGGGACAGGGGGGAGGGGGGAAAGGAGAAGCUUCUUCCUCCUGCUGUUCCUCUCCUUCCCGGGAUCAGCAGCGGCGGUGGCCGCGAGUAUCUCCACAGCAUCUCCCGCUCCGCGUGCGAACCAUGCUGACUGACGGCGGAGGCGGCGGCACCUCCUUUGAGGAAGACUUGGACUCGGUGGCUCCCCGAUCCGCCCCAGCCGGGGCCUCGGAGCCGCCUCCGCCGGGAGGGGUCGGGUUGGGGAUCCGUACUGUGAGGCUCUUUGGGGAGGCCGGGUCGGCGCCGGGAGUCGGUGGCGGCGGCAGCAGCGGUGCUGGAGGAGGGGACGCAGCGCUGGAUUUCAAGUUGGCGGCUGCCGUGCUGAGGACGGGAGGUGGAGGUGGUGCCUCUGGCAGCGACGAGGACGAGGUGUCCGAGGUUGAAUCAUUUAUUUUGGACCAAGAAGACUUGGAUAACCCAGUGCUUAAAACAACAUCAGAGAUAUUCUUAUCAAGUACUGCAGAAGGAGCAGACUUACGUACUGUGGAUCCAGAGACACAGGCACGACUAGAAGCAUUGCUAGAAGCUGCAGGAAUUGGCAAAUUGUCAACUGCUGAUGGGAAAGCUUUUGCAGAUCCUGAGGUACUCCGGAGACUGACAUCCUCAGUGAGCUGUGCAUUGGAUGAAGCUGCAGCUGCACUGACACGGAUGAGAGCAGAAAACAGCCACAAUGCAGGACAAGUGGACACUCGCAGUCUAGCAGAAGCUUGUUCAGAUGGAGAUGUGAAUGCUGUUCGUAAAUUGUUGGAUGAAGGCAGAAGUGUAAAUGAACAUACAGAAGAAGGAGAAAGCCUGCUGUGUUUGGCCUGUUCAGCAGGCUAUUAUGAAUUAGCACAAGUUACCGGAAAUACUGCACUAACUUAUGCCUGUGCUGGAGGAUUUGUUGAUAUUGUGAAAGUGUUACUUAAUGAAGGUGCAAAUAUAGAAGAUCAUAAUGAAAAUGGACAUACACCCUUAAUGGAAGCAGCCAGUGCAGGUCAUGUGGAAGUUGCCAGAGUUCUGCUCGAUCAUGGUGCAGGCAUCAACACUCAUUCUAACGAAUUUAAAGAAAGUGCUCUUACACUUGCAUGCUACAAAGGCCAUUUGGAUAUGGUUCGCUUCCUACUUGAAGCUGGUGCCGAUCAAGAGCACAAAACUGAUGAGAUGCACACUGCCUUAAUGGAGGCUUGCAUGGAUGGACAUGUAGAGGUGGCACGUCUUCUUUUGGAUAGUGGUGCUCAAGUGAACAUGCCUGCAGAUUCAUUUGAGUCUCCACUGACACUAGCUGCCUGUGGAGGACAUGUUGAAUUGGCAGCUUUGCUUAUUGAAAGGGGAGCAAAUCUUGAAGAAGUUAAUGACGAAGGAUACACUCCCUUGAUGGAAGCUGCUCGGGAAGGACACGAAGAGAUGGUGGCACUGCUCUUAGCACAAGGAGCAAAUAUAAAUGCCCAAACAGAAGAAACCCAAGAAACUGCUCUUACCUUGGCUUGCUGUGGAGGAUUUUCUGAAGUUGCAGACUUUCUGAUUAAGGCAGGAGCCGAUAUAGAACUUGGCUGCUCCACUCCUCUGAUGGAGGCUUCUCAGGAGGGACACCUGGAGUUGGUUAAAUAUUUGCUGGCUGCUGGCGCUAAUGUACAUGCUACAACAGCAACAGGAGACACUGCCCUAACCUAUGCUUGUGAAAAUGGACACACGGAUGUUGCAGAUGUUUUACUUCAAGCAGGGGCCGAUUUAGAGCAUGAAUCUGAAGGUGGAAGAACACCUUUGAUGAAAGCUGCACGAGCUGGUCAUUUGUGCACUGUUCAAUUUCUAAUUAGCAAAGGUGCCAAUGUGAACAGGGCUACAGCUAAUAAUGAUCAUACAGUAGUCUCACUUGCAUGUGCAGGAGGCCAUCUAGCAGUUGUUGAGCUACUGUUGGCUCAUGGGGCUGACCCUACUCAUCGACUCAAGGAUGGCUCAACAAUGCUUAUUGAAGCUGCAAAAGGUGGCCAUACUAAUGUUGUUUCUUAUCUAUUGGAUUAUCCAAAUAAUGUUCUGUCAGUUCCUACUACAGAUGUGUCUCAGCUUGCUCCUCCUUCUCAAGAUCAAUCUCAGGUCCCACGUGUACCAAUGCAUACACUUGCCAUGGUUGUACCUCCUCAGGAACCUGACAGAACUUCUCAAGAGACCUCCUCUGCUCAUUUAGGAGCACAAAAAGGUACAUCCAAGCAGAAGUCCAGUUCCCUGCAGGUAGCAGAUCAGGACCUACUGCCACCUUUUCACCCAUACCAGCCUUUGGAGUGCAUAGUAGAGGAGACUGAAGGAAAGCUGAAUGAACUGGGACAAAGAAUUAGUGCUAUUGAAAAAGCACAGCUUAAGUCAUUGGAGUUAAUUCAAGGUGAACCUCUGAACAAAGAUAAGAUAGAAGAACUUAAAAAGAACAGAGAAGAGCAAGUCCAGAAGAAGAAGAAAAUACUGAAAGAACUGCAGAAAGUGGAAAGGCAGUUGCAGAUGAAAACACAACAGCAAUUUACCAAAGAAUACUUGGAAACCAAAGGUCAGAAAGACACAGUGUCUCUACAUCAGCAGUGCUCUCAUAGAGGAGUCUUCCCAGAAGGGGAAAGAGAUAGUAGUCUCCCAGAGGAUCACUUUUCAGAAUUACCUCAGGUUGACACAAUCUUAUUUAAAAAUAAUGAUGUUGAUGAUGAGCAACAGAUUCCACCAUCGGCAGAACAAAUUGAUUAUGUCCCGGUCCAGCCUUUAUCACCUCCACAGUGUAACUUUUCCAGAGACUUAGGUUCUAAUGGGACAAAUUCUCUUGAACUUCAGAAAGUAUCAGGUAAUCAGCAUAUUGUAGGACAGCCUCAGAUUGCUAUUACUGGACAUGAUCAGGGGCUAUUAGUUCAAGAACCAGAUGGACUAAUGGUUGCAACUCCAGCCCAGACGCUUACCGACACUCUUGAUGACCUGAUAGCAGCUGUGAGUAGCCGAGUGCCCACUGGUUCCAACAGUUCUUCACACAUCACAGAAUGUGUUACACCUGAAUCCUGUUCACAGUCUCCAAGCAAUAUAGUUUCCCCUGUGUAUCCUUCAGUUGACAUUGAUGCACAUACUGAGAGCAAUCAUGACACAGCAUUAACACUGGCUUGUGCAGGAGGUCAUGAAGAACUUGUGUCUGUACUCAUUGCACGAGAUGCUAAAAUUGAGCACAGAGACAAAAAAGGUUUUACUCCACUGAUCUUAGCAGCAACAGCAGGGCAUGUUGGAGUUGUUGAAAUCCUCUUAGAUAAAGGUGGAGAUAUAGAAGCACAAUCUGAACGAACUAAGGAUACUCCACUUUCAUUGGCAUGUUCUGGUGGACGUCAGGAGGUAGUAGAUUUGCUGCUGGCUCGGGGUGCAAAUAAAGAACAUAGAAAUGUGUCUGAUUAUACGCCAUUGAGUCUAGCUGCAUCUGGAGGAUAUGUUAAUAUCAUUAAGAUUCUUCUUAAUGCUGGGGCAGAAAUUAAUUCAAGGACUGGGAGUAAAUUAGGUAUUUCUCCUCUGAUGUUGGCUGCAAUGAAUGGACAUGUUCCUGCAGUGAAACUGCUGCUUGAUAUGGGUUCAGAUAUUAAUGCUCAAAUAGAAACUAAUCGGAAUACAGCUCUCACCCUGGCCUGUUUCCAAGGCCGAGCAGAAGUAGUGAGUUUACUUCUGGACCGCAAAGCCAAUGUUGAACAUAGGGCAAAAACUGGUCUUACUCCCUUGAUGGAAGCUGCUUCUGGAGGAUAUGCUGAGGUUGGAAGAGUUCUCCUUGAUAAAGGAGCAGAUGUCAAUGCCCCUCCAGUGCCUUCUUCAAGAGAUACUGCAUUAACAAUAGCAGCAGACAAAGGUCACUAUAAAUUUUGUGAGCUUCUGAUUAACAGAGGAGCUCAUAUUGAUGUUCGUAACAAGAAGGGAAAUACACCAUUGUGGCUGGCAUCUAAUGGUGGUCAUUUUGAUGUAGUACAAUUGCUAGUGCAAGCAGGUGCUGAUGUGGAUGCAGCAGAUAACCGGAAAAUCACACCUCUUAUGUCAGCAUUUCGAAAGGGUCAUGUAAAAGUUGUUCAAUAUUUGGUGAAGGAAGUCAAUCAGUUCCCUUCCGAUAUAGAAUGUAUGAGAUACAUAGCAACAAUUACAGAUAAAUCAAGAGAAGAAAGCAGAAAGCAGGCUCUUGCAGCUAAAAGAGAAAAAAGAAAAGAGAAGAGAAAAAAGAAAAAAGAGGAGCAAAAAAGGAAACAGGAAGAUGAGGAAAGCAAACCUAAAGAGAAUUCAGAACUACCAGAGGACGAGGAUGAUGAGAAUGAUGAAGAUGUGGAGCAAGAAGUUCCCAUAGAACCACCUAGUGCAACUACCACUACCACAAUUGGAAUCUCUGCAACAUCUACCACAUUCACAAAUGUGUUUGGGAAAAAAAGGGCCAAUGUAGUGACAACCCCCAGCACCAAUCGGAAAAAUAAGAAGAAUAAGACAAAAGAAACCCCUCCCACAGCACCUUUAAUUUUACCAGAACAACAUAUAUCUUUAGCACAACCAAAGUCGGAUAAAAAUAAAAUAAAUGGAGAACCUAGAGGUGGUGGUAUAAGUGGGAAUAGCGAUUCUGAAAACUUGGAUAGCACAGACUGCAAUAGUGAGAGUAGUAGUGGUGGUAAAAGCCAAGAGUUAAAUUUCACUAUGGAUGGAUCUGCUAGUGAUAGGAGAUGUCCCACACUGAUCCUUAAUUCCCAAGAAGAAAAGACAAUUGCUGCCGCUUCAAAAACUCCAACACGUCUGGAAGGUGAAAUGAAUCCUAAUUCCUUGUCUACAAGUUACAAGUCAGUUUCAUUGCCAUUAAGCUCUCCAAACAUAAAGUUGAAUCUUACUAGUCCUAAAAGAGGGCAGAAAAGAGAAGAAGGGUGGAAAGAAGUUGUUCGAAGGUCAAAGAAAUUAUCUGUUCCAGCUUCAGUGGUAUCCAGGAUAAUGGGAAGAGGAGGAUGCAACAUCACUGCAAUACAAGAUGUUACUGGUGCCCAUAUUGAUGUGGAUAAACAAAAGGAUAAAAAUGGCGAGAGAAUGAUUACAAUAAGGGGUGGUACAGAAUCAACAAGAUAUGCAGUCCAACUUAUCAAUGCACUUAUUCAAGAUCCUGCUAAGGAAUUAGAAGAUUUGAUUCCUAAAAAUCAUAUUAGAACACCAGCCAGCACCAAAUCCAUUCAUGCAAACUUCUCUUCUGGAGUGGGUACCACAGCAGCUUCCAGCAAAAAUGCAUUUCCCUUGGGUGCUCCAAGUCUUGUAACUUCACAGGCAACAACAUUAUCUACGUUCCAGCCCACUAAUAAACUUAAUAAGAACGUGCCAACAAAUGUACGUUCUUCUUUCCCAGUUUCUCUUCCCUUAGCUUAUCCCCACCCUCAUUUUGCCUUACUGGCUGCUCAAACUAUGCAACAGAUCCGACAUCCUCGUUUACCCAUGGCCCAGUUUGGAGGAACCUUCACACCUUCUCCUAAUACUUGGGGACCAUUCCCAGUAAGACCUGUGAAUCCUGGCAAUACAAGUAACUCUCCAAAGCAUAAUACUACAACCCGUUUACCUAACCAGAACGGAACUGUUUUGUCAUCAGAAUCUCCUGGACUAGGUACUACCAGUUGUCCAAUCACUGUCUCAUCUGUUGUUGCUGCCAGUCAGCAACUUUGUGUGACUAAUACCCGGACUCCUUCAUCAGUCAGAAAGCAAUUGUUUGCCUGUGUGCCUAAAACAAGUCCUCCAGCAACAGUGAUUUCUUCUGUGACAAGCACUUGUAGUUCCCUGCCUUCUGUUUCCUCUGCACCUGCAACUACUGGGCAGGUUCCCACCACUUUUGUGCCCACAUCUACUCCUCAAGCACAGCUUUCUUCACAAAAGAUAGAGUCUUUCUCUGCCAUGCCACCUUCCAAAGAGAAAGUGUCUACACAGGACCAACCUAUGGCAAACCUAUGUACACCAUCUCCUACUGCAAAUAGUGGUCAUAGCUCUUCCAGCAACACCCCAGGAGUUCCAGAAACUCAUCCAUCCGGUAGUCCCACUCCUCCUUCCAGUAAUAUACAAGAAGAGGGACAGCCAUCCAAUCUGUCUGAUUUAAGUCCUGUGUCAAUGUCUUUUGCCUCUAACUCAGAAUCUGCUCCAUUGACUAUGUCAUCACCCAAAUUGGUUACUGCUGAUAAUCAGGAAACCAGUAAUUUACCUCAGUUAGCUGUACCGGCACCUCGAGUUUCUCACCGAAUGCAACCCAGAGGUUCUUUUUACUCAGUGGUACCGAAUGCAACUAUACACCAGGAUCCCCAGUCUAUUUUUGUUACAAAUCCUGUUCCUUUAACACCAACUCAAGGUCCACCAGCGUCAGUGCAGCUUUCUUCAGCUGUGAACAUUAUGAAUGGUUCUCAGAUGCACAUAAACCCAGCAAAUAAAUCUUUGCAACCUACAUUUGGCCCAGCCACACUUUUCAAUCACUUCAGUAGUCUUUUUGACAGCAGUCAGGUACCAGCUAACCAGGGGUGGGGAGAUGGUCCACUACCCUCACGAGUUGCUGCAGAUGCCUCUUUCACUGUUCAGUCAGCAUUCCUGGGUAACUCUGUACUUGGACAUUUGGAAAACAUGCACUCUGACAACUCCAAGGCACCUGGCUUCAGACCACCUUCUCAGCGAGUUUCUACUAGUCCAGUUGGAUUACCAUCCAUUGACCCAUCUGGCAGUUCCCCAUCUUCUUCUUCUGCAACUCUGACAAGUUUUUCUGGCAUACCAGGAACAAGAGUUUUUCUUCAAGGGCCAGCUCCUGUUGGGACUCCUAAUUUCAACAGACAACAUUUUUCUCCCCAUCCUUGGACAAGCGCUUCAAACUCAUCUACUUCUGCACCACCAACAUUGGGUCAACCAAAAGGAGGCAGUGCCAGUCAGGAUCGAAAGAUACCUCCUCCAAUUGGAACAGAGAGACUGGCCCGGAUUCGGCAAGGAGGAUCUGUUGCGCAAGCACCUGUGGGGACCAGUUUUGUCGCUCCUGUUGGACAUAGUGGAAUCUGGUCAUUUGGUGUCAAUGCCAUGUCAGAAGGCUUAUCAGGUUGGUCACAAUCUAUAAUAGGGAAUCAUCCAAUGCAUCAACAAUUAUCAGACCCAAGCACAUUCUCCCAACAUCAACCAAUGGAGAGAGAUGAUUCUGGAAUGGUAGCCCCCUCUAACAUUUUUCACCAGCCUAUGGCAAGCGGUUUUGUGGAUUUUUCUAAAGGUCUGCCAAUUUCUAUGUAUGGAGGCACCAUAAUACCCUCUCAUCCUCAGCUUGCGGAUGUUCCAGGAGGCCCACUGUUCAAUGGACUUCAUAACCCAGAUCCUGCUUGGAACCCUAUGAUAAAAGUUAUACAAAAUUCAGCUGAAUGCACUGAUGCCCAGCAGAUUUGGCCUGGCACGUGGGCACCUCAUAUUGGAAACAUGCAUCUCAAAUAUGUCAACUAAGUUAGAAGUUCUUUACUCUUUAGCCUUGUUUGAGGAACUUUGGAAGAACUCUGGGGAUUUUUUUUUUUAAUGUGCCUAAUUAAGAAAUUUUCUCUGAGGCUUUAGCAAUGGAAAUUUGAUUGCCCAUUGUAUAAAAACAAAUUGAUUACCUAUCCACCUGAUUAUGUUCUCUGGUUAGUUUAGCCAUUUUCAACAUGAGAUCAGAUGAAUUUAGUGCUUCUGGCUAAACAUACUGAAUGCUACUUGUAUGCAGAAAAGAAUUAGAUGAUUAUAAUGUUUUAACCUUUUAGGGUGAUAAAUACAUGUAUAAUUGUUUACAUACUUAAAAGGAAAAAGUUGAGUAAAUUUCUUGUCAUAUAGUGGCUCCACUUAAUGUAGCCUGUAUUAAUGUGAAAUAUUUACCAGAAUAUUCAAUAAAAAGAUGAACAGUGUUUAGAA